AUGAUCGUGUUCUGUGUUACACUGCUGCUCCUUCAUCAAGGAUAUACACUGGUUCCAGUGACCACAGUUCAACUCGGUGAACCUGCAGCCUUCACAUGUGUUUUACCUGAUAUGUCGAACAGUCAAAAUCUUUAUUGGUACAAGCAGAGUGCUGGGGGAAAUCUGAAAUCAAUUGUGUCAAUGUGGAAAAUGACAAACCCUGAGUAUGGACCAGAGUUUUCUGCCUCAAGAUUCACAGUAAAAGUUAUUGAGAAUAUUAGCAUUCUGACAAUUUUGUGGACGAUUCAAGAUGAUGAGGGAAUGUAUCACUGUGCAUCCGUGAACUGGGAUGUAAAUACUUGGAGUGCGACUUAUUUGUCAAUAAAAGGAAACUCUCAGAGGACAUCAAACUACACUGUUGUUCAGUGGUCGACAGUAUCUGAUCCAGUCCGUCCAGGAGGCUCAGUGACUCUGCAGUGUUCAGUCCUCUCUGACUCUGAGAACAAGACGUGUUCAGAAGAUCACAGUGUGUUCUGGUUCAGAGCCGGAUCAGAUAAAUCUCAUCCAGACAUCAUCUACGCUGAUGGAAACAGACAUGAUCAAUGUGACAAGAGUCAGAAACGCUGUGUUUAUCACUUCUCUAAGAACGUCAGCUCCUCUGAUAAUGGGACUUACUACUGUGCUGUGGCCACAUGUGGGGAGAUAUUAUUUGGAAAUGGAUCAAAACUACAAAACGAGCGAACAGUGAGUUGUAAAUUUACUGCGAUGGUGAUAGGAGGAAUGGUCUGCCUGAUCAUUUCUGUGAUCGGAAAUAUUGUUUUCAUCUGUUACCGAACUCCAAGAACAGGAUGUGAACAAUUUAAAGGAAUAGAAAGUGUUUCUUCACAAUCACGACACGACAACUCGAUCCCACCGUACAAUGAUAAUACUGAAGGUGGAGAUGAUCUGAACUAUGCUGCGCUGCAUUUAUCUGGAAGAAAAGCUACAAGAGGAAGGAAGAAGAGAGAGACUGAAGAAAGUGUGUAUUCUCAAGUUAAAUGCUGAAGGUGUGUCUGUGAAAAUCUGUGAGUUGGUUCAUAGUACUGACCUCUUACAGUGUGAAUAAAUAAUUCAGUGUUGUGGGUUCCCUUCCAACUUAAAUGAGAAUGACAUGUUUCAUGAUAGCAGUUAAAUCUUAUUGUAGCAUACAGACGUGUUCUACGUAUUUCUGUACUUGAUCCUUGCAUCAGUGUACUUUUUGUUAUUCUUUUAUCUCAGAAAUAUCAUCCUUAGCUGGCUUUUAUCAAAACAUAAUGUACAAAAAUGUUCAAUAGAGCUAUUCAAGUCUAAAACUUUUGUUACAUAUCUUUCACUUAGUUAUAUGCUAAUGUGUGACUGGUACAUGAAUGGGCAUCCUCACGCACAUGAUCAAAAACAAUGUAAGCAAACGGAUCUGAGGCAGUGCAACUGAUCUUUUCAGGUGUUACUGGUUGCUAUUACUGUUGCAAUGUAUUUCCCUUCAUUGGUCUGAUUUGGUCAAAGUCUUAUUUUGAAAAUUCAACUCUGUGUUACUAUUCCUUUACUGUGUUAAGAAAAGAAACAAUGCUCAUGAAAUACCACACUUUA